GCAAUAAAGUGCCCUCAGAGAGAAAGGGAAACACUUGUCACUGGUGGAGUCUGUGUGGGACGGGUGGCUGAGUGACAAAUCCUGAGGUUCCGUUCCUGUCUGCCCCAGGCCUUCACCAUGCCCACUUCCUACCCUGAAUCCAACACAGAGUACUUUGAGUAUGAUAUGUCUGCAGAAGCCUGUGACGUGGGGGACAUCGUAGCCUUUGGGACCAUCUUCUUGCCCAUAUUUUACUCUCUUGUCUUUGCUUUUGGUCUGGUGGGAAAUCUGUUGGUGGUGUUUGCUCUCACCAAGAGCCGGAAGCCCAAGAGCAUCACCGACAUUUACCUCCUGAACCUGGCCUUGUCUGAUCUGCUCUUCGUGGCCACAUUGCCUUUUUGGAUUCACUAUGUGAUCAAUGAAGAAGGCUUCCACAAUGCAGUGUGCAAAAUCACUACUGCCUUCUUCUACAUUGGCUUCUUUGGAGGUAUAUUCUUCAUCACCAUCAUCAGCAUUGACAGGUACAUGGCCAUCGUCUUAGCAGUCAACUCCAUGAAUAACCGGACUGUGCAGCAUGGCGUCACCAUCAGCCUGAGCGUGUGGGCAGCAGCCAUCCUGGUGGCGGCGCCCCAGUUCAUGUUCACAAAGCAGAAACAAAACGAAUGCCUGGGUGACUACCCUGACAUCCUUCAGGAAAUCUGGCCUGUGCUCCGCAAUGUGGAAACAAAUGUUCUGGGCUUCCUGCUGCCCCUGCUCAUCAUGAGUUUCUGCUACUUCAGAAUCAUCCAGACACUGUUUUCCUGCAAGAACCAGAAGAAAUCUAGAGCCAUCAAACUCAUCUUACUGGUGGUCAUUGUGUUUUUCCUCUUCUGGACACCCUACAAUGUUAUGAUUUUCCUUGAGACUCUCAAACUCUACAACUUCUUUUCCAGUUGUGACCUGAAGAGAAAUCUGAAGUUGGCCCUCAAUGUAUCCGAGACUUUGGCAUUCAGCCACUGUUGCCUCAACCCCCUUAUCUACGCAUUUGCUGGAGAGAAGUUCAAAAGAUACCUUUCCCACCUGUACAGGAAAUGCAGGGUGGUCCUGUGCGGUCCUUCAGUUCAUGUGAGUUUCUCCACUUCAGAGUCACAAAGGAGCAGGCAGGGGAGCAUCCUGAGCAGCAAUUUCACUCACUACACAAGCGAUGGAGAUACAUCCAUCCUUCUCUGAAGGGGUCCCCAAAGCCUGUCUCUGUGGGAACGCGGAGUUCCUGAAGCUGACGCUGAGUAAGGAGGAUCGAUUUUUGUGGUUGCUUCUUACAUGGAAGAAAUAUGGACUCACUACUAACAAGACAACAUGAGUCUUUUCAAGAAUUGUGCUUAAAAUUUGAAUUAUAAAGGACACACAUGUCUUUUACUGGAAAGUCGGGACCUUUUUGCUUAAAGAUGACAAAAAUUAAACCCAGACCAGCUUAGUUAAAGGGAGGGGGUGAGUACUGUUCACAUAUUGACAUAGGCGAGGGGACGGGUGAGCCCUCAGACUGAGUGGAAAACAGGACCUGAAUCUAACUAGAGCUUCCUUUCACUAAUCUUCAAAUCUUUGAGUAGUGGCAGAUCCAGGCUCACAUAACGCAGCUUUAUCACCAGAGAGGGACUGGAACCCACUCCUUUCCGGUCCCAAGGUCAGAAUUCCCAGGGAAGGGUUCUGACUGGUUAAGCUGGUACCAGACCUCAUCUUUGGACCAGGUGGUGGUGUCCCACAAAGCAGCACAUAGCAAACGGACGCUUCUACUGCAAUCUCAUGACUAGAAAGUUGAGGAAGACAGAUCUCCAAGAACUUGUAGGGGUGAGCACUGUCCUGACCAGACAGAAUAAGAGCCAUACACCAUUCUUACCACGUACCUGAGCCAGUACCUCCCUGAUCACUUGAACCAGUACCCAGUGCCAGCUUCCUCUUCAUUAAACCCGUUUCUUUACCACCCUGCAAGGGUUCCCUCCUGCUCACUGCAUCAAGUCCAAACUCAAAGGCCGGGUCUCUGAGGCCCUCCACCGUGCCAUCCAGCCUACAGAUUCUGAAGGAAUUCUUCAGAGGAAAGAGUCCUCCCCAGAGGAUUCCACCUACCCUGUCAGCCAGGUCUUUUCCAUAAAAGGCACCUCCUUCCACCUGUUGUCGGGCCCUGAAGGAGAAAUAAAAAGAACCCUGCCCCAGUGUCAAGGGGUGGAUUCCAAUCCUAACUCUGGCCUGCUGGGUAGGUUGGGGCCAACAGAGCUUUCAUUUCCUCAUGUGUGGUCAAGGAAUAUUGGUAUUUGUCAAUAGGGAACACCCUUUCCAGUAUGAAAAACCAGUCACUCUUUCAGGCCUUAACCUUCUAAUCUGGUUUCACACUUCAGCUUUUCUGCACCUUGUAGUGGUGCCCUCUGGCCAGAAGAGUGGUGACGGUGUGGGAGGAGCCUGAAGGACAUAGCCCAGACAGAGAGGACACUGGAUCCUAUUUCAGCAUUCAAGGAACACUUAGAUCAACAAACCUAUUAGGCCCAAGCCUCCCACUCUACCUGAAUAUUCCUCCCCCCAGUCACUUCCAGGGAACCCCUGCCCAUCUGGGAAAAAAAUCCCCAUUACUCUUUCUACUGCCAAUGCGGAAAGCCUUCUUCCUCAGUAAACAUUGGGGGUGGUCUAAAACUUCAAAGCUCAAAAACCAAUUGUAAUAGUGCUGAAGAAAAUAUCACCUAUGGGCUAAUCACACAUAUUUUCACUCCUGCAUUUAACAGUGUGUGUUUAGAGUUCCAACCCUAACAAUGUACAGUUUUAUAACCUGCUUUUCUUCAGCAUUGAAUUGCAAGUAGCUCUCUUGUGUAAUAAUCAUUUUAGAAGACUCUGCCGGAUUGCACACUCACUGAGGCAGAUGUGGCAUCUGACUCACUGCUGCGUCCUAGCAUUCUUAGCAGUUCGUACGUUUAAUGAAUGAGAAUGAAUCAUGUUCCUUCAGGAUCAUGUACCAUCAUCUACUCACCAUCUAAUCAUCAUCUACUCACCAUUACUCUGUUGAUAAACAUUCAACUUGUUUCCAGUGUUUAACAAAUACACACUGUGUAUCACCUUUAUCUGCAUUAUUUUUGCCUUCUUCAAUUAUUUUCCUUUAGAUAAGUUCCUUCCCAUGGGGAAUAACUGGAUCACAGGGCAUGGGAACUUUAUAGCUCUUGGUACGUACAUGUGAAAUUAGUUUCUCAUAAAGCCUUUCUUGAGCACAUAUUACAUGCACUGUGUAAGCUCAGGUCCAGAGCUAUUCCAAAGGCAAUGAGAUCAUGCCUCUGCCCUCAAGGAUUUACCAUUUAAAUGAAAAGUGAAUAAAUGAGGAGUUAUUGAAAAAUA